AUGACACUUCGAAGCCUCAAUCUCAUCGUUCGACUAUCCUCCGAUUUGCUGAACCAUUUUUUAACAGUGACCUUAGCAAACACGCCCAUCGACAAGCAAAACGUUCACAAUUGCGUCGGGACAAUGUUAGACGAAACUCGCUGUUGCCGAAAGAGUGCAUUCAAUUUGAAGCCCAACGUCCCAAAGGGCAAAUUUAACAUAAUCACUGUUGACUUAUCAAAAACUACGGAGAACGAUAAUUGCGUUGGCGGAAAGCCGCUCAACGCGCACUGGUAGAUCUAUCUUUCAUUCCUGCACCUAUUCAGAAUGCUUCGAUGCCGAAAAUCAAUCUGCCUCUCG